UUAUUUUGCAGUUUUUUUUUCCUUCGUUUUUUUUUUGUUUUUCUCUUUUGUUGGGAGUUGGGACUCUCUUCCUCAUUUCUCAUUCGAUUUUCGAUACGGGAAAAACCUUUUGAAACGGAACUGAAGAAUUUAUCAGACGAGCCAUUUCGAUCAGUCUUCGGCUCCGCUAAGCUCUAUUUCCGCCACUCUUCUUUACUCCGUCACACCCAUUUUCCAUGAUCGGUGUGAAGGUUUGAGGGAUAAAGUAAGGCUACUCUAGAUUGAUUCGACAUGGAAUCUGCUUGUAGUGUUCAGCGGCCGAUUUUACUUCAUGGUGGGAAUGGUGCGAGUUACUGCUUCCCAAAUCGGUUGAUCAAUGCGAAACUGUGUCCCAAAGCUACAGUCAGCAGUAGAUUCUGGGAUCACAAGACUUAUUCUAAAUUGCUCCACUUGGGUACUCGAUUGAGGAGGAAUGUUACGCAAAGUGCUACGUUGACCUUCAAUUCUGGAAAAAUUUAUAGCCAUUUGCAUCCUAGAAAAUCAAUAGCUGGACAUUCUACACAGAUCCCCUUUGGAUUUAGGUCACAUUGUCAAGGUAAUGAUUCUCUUGUUCGUGUUGAUGCGGGGUUUUCAGAAAGUAAUGAUGAAGUCCAAGCUACAAUCUUGAAAGAAGAAAAAGAUGUGAGAGCGGAAGGAAACGAAAAUGAUUGUUUGGAGGAACUCAAGGAUUUACUACACAAGGCUAUCAAAGAAUUGGAAGUUGCUAGGCUCAAUAGUACCAUGUUUGAGGAAAAGGCUCAGAGGAUAUCAGAAACUGCGAUAGCACUCAAGGAUGAAGCGGCUAGUGUUUGGGAUGAGGUCAACAAAACCCUUGAUAUUAUGCGAGAUACAGUUGAUGAGGAAUCUGUGGCCAAAGAAGCUGUUCAAAAGGCUACGAUGGCGUUAUCUCUGGCUGAAGCAAGGCUUAGGGUUUUAGUGGAAUCACUUGAAGUAGGUGGAGGGAAUGCUAUUCCAGAGGCGUCUGAAGAGACUGAGAAAAGAGACGAUGUUGAAGAUAAAGAAGAAGCACUUUUAGCUGCUAAGGAUGACAUAAAGGUAUGCCAAGUGAAUUUAGCAAAUUGUGAGGCCCAACUGAGUUGCUUGCAGCGCAAAAAAGAUGAGCUGCAGAAGGAAGUGGACAAGUUUAAUGAGUUUGCUGAGACAAUACAGAUCAGGGCCUUGAAAGCCGAGGAGGAUGUCGCAAAUAUCAUGAAAUUGGCUGAACAAGCUGUCGCAUUUGAGCUUGAGGCUACGCAACGCGUUAAUGAUGCAGAGAUUGCUUUGCAGAGAGCAGAGAAGUCUCUAUCCAUCUCGCAGACCCCAGAAGAAACUCCUCUCGAGGAUGAACAAACUCCCCUCGAGGAUGAGGUGGUACUCUCAAGCAAUAUUGAAGAUCUUAGCCUUCAGGUUGAAAGGGAAUCACCAAUAGAUAAAAAUGUAUCAGCGGUACAGAACACAGCUGAUCAUGAACCUGAUAAAGUUGGUCAGAAGGCUCAAAAGCUAACUCAGCCUUAUGAUUCAAGGGAUCAUGAGAAUGGAAAGCCAAGUGUAGAGUCUUCUGAAGUCGUUGAAACAGAUUCUGACAAGUCAAAGAUUGCUAUUCAGACGAAAAAACAGGAAACACAGAAAGAUCUGUCAAAAGAGGGUUCUUCGCUUAAUUCUCCCAAGGCAUCGUUUAAUAAAUCCUCUCGUUUCUUUUCUGCAUCAUUCUUCUCUUCCAAUCCAGAUGGGUCCACGACAGUGUUUGCGAGUCUGGUUGAUUCUGUCAAACAGCAAUGGCCCAAACUAAUUCUUGGGUUUGCACUUCUCGGAGCAGGACUGACACUAUACUCCAAUGGAGUAGGAGGAAACAAUCAGCUGCAUCAACAGCCAGAUGCUAUCAGCACUACUACGGGAGAUGUGUCUUCCAGUAAGAAGCCGUUGAUCCGGCAAGUGCAGAAACUUCCCAAGAGAAUUAAGAAACUGCUUGAGAUGCUUCCUCACCAGGAGGUCAAUGAGGAAGAAGCUUCCCUUUUAGAUUUUUUGUGGUUACUGCUUGCAAGCGUCAUAUUUGUUCCUCUAUUUCAAAAAAUUCCUGGAGGCAGCCCUGUUCUUGGGUAUUUAGCAGCUGGAAUACUGAUUGGUCCUUAUGGUCUUUCGAUAAUCCGUAAUGUGCACGCCACCAAGGCCAUCGCAGAAUUCGGAGUUGUGUUCUUGCUUUUCAACAUUGGUCUUGAGCUAUCUGUGGAAAGACUGAGUUCCAUGAAGAAGUAUGUUUUUGGAUUAGGCUCCGCUCAGGUUCUGGUGACCGCUGCAGUAGUUGGAUUGAUUGCCCAUUAUGUUGCUGGUCAGGCUGGUCCAGCGGCAAUAGUUAUCGGAAAUGGCUUGGCACUGUCCUCAACUGCUGUUGUCCUUCAGGUUCUACAAGAACGGGGUGAGAGUACAUCUAGACAUGGACGGGCUACAUUUUCCGUCUUGCUUUUUCAGGAUCUAGCUGUAGUUGUUUUACUGAUUCUCAUUCCACUUAUUUCACCUAAUUCAUCGAAAGGAGGGAUUGGGUUUCAAGCCAUUGCUGAAGCUCUUGGACUUGCUGCAGUCAAAGCAGCUGUUGCUAUUACUGCCAUAAUUGCUGGUGGCCGUCUUCUUCUUCGACCAAUCUACAAGCAAGUUGCAGAAAAUCGAAACGCCGAGAUAUUCUCUGCCAACACACUUCUUGUUAUUCUUGGGACUAGUUUACUGACAGCUAGGGCUGGACUUUCCAUGGCAUUAGGAGCGUUUCUGGCUGGUUUACUCCUUGCGGAAACAGAAUUUUCGUUGCAAGUAGAAUCAGAUAUUGCUCCAUAUCGUGGCCUUCUUCUAGGACUCUUCUUCAUGACGGUUGGCAUGUCUAUAGAUCCCAAACUUCUUCUCUCUAACUUCCCUAUCGUAGUGGGAACGUUAGGACUCUUGAUAGUGGGCAAGACUAUAUUACUCGUGAUCAUGGCCAAAUUGUUCGGCAUUUCAAUCAUAUCUGCAAUUAGAGCUGGUCUUCUUCUGGCUCCAGGUGGAGAGUUUGCAUUUGUUGCUUUCGGAGAAGCUGUCAAUCAGGGUAUAAUGUCUCCUCAGUUAUCUUCGUUGCUGUUUCUUGUCGUGGGAAUCUCAAUGGCUAUAACACCUUGGUUAGCUGCUGGUGGCCAGUUAGUUGCAUCCCGAUUUGAGCUGCAUGAUGUUAGAAGUUUAUUGCCGGUUGAAAGUGAGACGGAUGAUUUGCAGGAUCACAUAAUUAUUUGCGGAUUUGGACGAGUUGGUCAGAUAAUUGCCCAGCUUCUCUCAGAAAGACUUAUCCCAUUCGUUGCCCUCGAUGUCAGCAGUGAGAGAGUGACUAUCGCGCGUUCCUUGGAUCUCCCGGUUUAUUUUGGAGACGCUGGUAGUAGAGAGGUUCUCCACAAAAUUGGAGCUGAGAGAGCAUGUGCUGCUGUGGUUGCCUUAGACGCACCAGGAGCAAACUACAGAUGUGUAUGGGCUCUGAGCAAGUAUUACCCCAAUGUCAAAACCUUUGUCCGUGCACACGACGUUGUUCAUGGUCUUAAUCUAGAAAAAGCCGGUGCUACUGCUGUUGUCCCGGAGACUCUGGAGCCAAGUCUGCAGUUGGCAGCUGCUGUUCUUGCUCAGGCGAAAUUACCGACAUCAGAAAUCGCAAACACGAUCAACGAAUUCAGAACCCGUCACCUGUCUGAACUAACGGAGCUAUGUGAAGCAAGCGGAAGCUCUCUGGGCUACGGUUUUUCGAGGACGACGACUAAGCCUAAACCUCAACCGUCGGAUGCAUCUGACGAGAACCCGAUAAUGGAAGGAGGAGGAGGUGCACUCACGAUCUGAUGCCGUUUUUUUCAUUCUGGCAAAAACAAGAACAGCUUUCAGCUUCUUCUUGUCGUGUACAUUUUUUUUUUUUUGAUGGUAGUUACUUUCAUGGAAGAUGAUACGUCCCUUUUAACCGAUCCGUCAUAUUCUUACGUUAGAGUACAUAUCGCCCAUUUGGGUUAAGUCUCUGUUGGCCUCGGAACAACCCUACCUAAUUCAACACUUCCAUGGGGAAAACAAGGAAGAUUUUCCAUGUGUAACAACAACUCUUACACGUGUGUGGUAA